AUGGAAAUUUAUCUUGAUGAUGUUGAAGCCUUUGGCUUUCCUCCCUAUUUUUGUCUUGCCGUGCAAACUCUUCUUAAGGACGCCUCAGCUCAGAUUGAAAUUAAUGGAGUUCUUUCCCCUUCUUUUCCACUUAGUAGAUCUAUCAGGCAGGGUUGCCCCCUUGCCCCUGCCCUUUUUGUCAUCGCCUCUGAAGCCCUAUUUUAUAUUCUCAGAGAUUCUUCCUUGUCUCCUGAGGUCAGAGGUCUAUAUCUCCCUAAUAAUGAUGAGCUUAUUAACUGUCAGUUUGCUGAUGACACUGCUCUAUUUUUUGAACUUUCUGAAGUUAACUUUAGAGUCCUUCAAGGGAAGCUUGACCUAUUCUGUUCUGCCUCUGGUGCUCGCAUUUCCCAUACUAAGUCAAUUUGUCUUGGAUGGGACGAGCACCCCCCUGAGUGGUUUUCCAAUUUAGGUUUUCCGUGGGGAGGCCCCAACAAAAUCGUUAAGUACCUUGGUAUCCCCUUCUUUGUGGAUCUUGUUCUUAAGAAUAUGUGGCUUUGGAUUAAAGAAAAAAUCCUUAAUAAACUUAACAAAUGGCACAAUAGAACCUUGUCUUUAGCUGGCAGAAUUCAAGUUUGUCAGAAAAUCCUAUCUUCUUACAGUAUCUACUAUUCCUCGGCUUGGUUGUUUAGUAACUAUCAAAUCCAAGAGAUUCAAAGUGCCAUCAGAUCCUUUCUCUGGUCGGAUGGAAAAGGAAACAAGAAACAUCAUGCUGUUAAAUGGGCCUGGUGCCAUGCUGACAAGAUCCUUGGGGGACUUGGGCUUAAAGAUCUGAAAUUCCAGGGUAUUGCCCUUUCCGCCAAAUGGAUCUUUCAUUCCUUGGAGGGUAACAGCCCUUGGAAAGUGCUUGUCAUGCAUAACAUUGAGAGAGGUUUUCCCAAGAAAGCUAAGUCUUGGAAAAACCUCCCCUUUGGUGAUCUCCUCCUAGGUAACUUCCCUGUCUCUGUUCAAGGUUCUUUGGUGUUCAAGUCAAUAUGGAAGGCCUGGGAACAGGUCAGGGAGCACAUUACCAACAAGGACUGGUACCACCAUGAUCAACUCCACGGAGAAAGAUCUAUUUGGUGGAAUCUUGCCAUCAGCAGGAAGCCUCUUGCCCUAUCCCAAGGAUGCUCUGCCAGAUCCUGGGCUAAAAAAGGUAUAAACCAAUUUGUGGAUCUGUUUGAAUCUGAUUGCCUCCCGUCUUGGGAUGCUAUUAAGUCCAAGUAUGAUAUUCUUGAUUCGCAGAAAAAAACUUAUACUAUGGUUCUUCAAGCCUCCAGAAGUAUCCCGUCUGCUUGCAAUGUGGAUUCUCUUAGACACCUUAAAUGCAAGUGGUCGGGGGGUGUUGCUUUGGCUAGCCUUAAAGCCAAAAAUAUUCACUCUGUUAUUAACCAGAAUAAUGACAUUAUUAAUCAUGUGAACUCUGUUUGGCAUUCCUCAUUUGAUAUUAAGAUUUGGAAUAAAUUGUUUCAAUGCUUAUGGAGAAGUCCUGUUGAGCCAAAAAUCAAUUGCUUUAAGUGGCUUGCUUUACUUGAUAAGCUUCCUCUUAAAAGGUUCAAUUCUGAUUCUGAUUCCUGUAAUGAUCUUUGUAAUCUUUGUAGACUCCCGGAAACUGGGAGACAUAUUCUUUUUGAUUGUCUUCUUGCUAAAGAAAUAUGGAGCAUGUUUGGUAUUAUCUAUCCUAUUAAUGUGAGCAUUCUUGACAUAAUUACUGGUUAUAUCCCUGGUCUUCCCAAGGAUUCAAAUUUAUUUUGGAAUAUGCUGUCCUCUAACAUUCUUUGGCAGAUUUGGAAAUGCAGGAACGAAGAGAAGUACCAAGGUAAGCCAAGGGCUCUUACUGAGUUUUUCAGAAAACUCACACAUUUCAAAAUCUUUUUUCAGGUCCAUGUCACCAUGAUGGGUGAGAAAAAGAAGCUAAAAAGAUUCCUCCAAUGUGGUCAUGUGUCUUUCUACUUCCAUGAGCUGAAAAAUGGCUACCUUUGGCGGAGAACGCUGGAUGAUCUUCAUGCUUUUGAUGCUACCUGUGAGAAGCUUAAGAAAGAUAUCAGGAAGAACGCGAAUCCCAGGAUGGAUGAGCUCUCCUUGCUCGCUCAAGUGCAAGCGCAUAAGAACUUAGUAUGGAUGGAAGGCCCCCUUGGCUGGAUUGCCUGGGUGGAUGGUUCAUGUGACAUUCUGUAUUAG